AUGCUAUCGAUUUGGUGGACGGAGCCACCUCGGUCCUCCGUCUCACGUAGGAGGGACAAGCCCAGCGACUUGGAGUCCCUAGAACGGGAGAUAAUGACGCUCCAAAUCGAAUUGGAGAGCUUGAGAACGAAAAAUACACCUUCAGUCUCGUGGAUCGGAGGAAGAGGUUUUGAAAGAAAUCGGACGCGGGCUUUCUCUCACUUAGCCGCGAUGUACGCGAUUGUGGAGAAGCGUACGAAGGCCCUGAAGGUUUAUCAAGCUGGGUGUGGUAGGACGUCAUCAUUGUUAUAUCACCUUACCCCCUUGGUGAUGGCGACGUACUGCUCCCCCGUUGCCCCCUCGCUAGAUUUCACAUGCUCGCUCAUAUUGUGA